CGGGGCCAGGAUGGAGGAAGAGCUCGGGUCUCCGAGGGAGGAGGUGGCGGCGCCGGAGGUCGCCAUGGCUACCGAGUCGGUGGCCUUGGAGCCCGCGGUGCCGUCACUUGUGGAUCGUUACUUCACUCGCUGGUACAAAGCAGAUGUCAAAGGAAAACACUGUGAGGACCACUGUAUACUACAGCACUCUAACCGAAUAUGUGUCAUCACAUUGGCAGAGUCUCAUCCAGUUCUUCAAAGUGGAAAAACAAUUAAAAGCAUUUCCUAUCAAAUCAGUACCAACUGCAGCAGACUUCAGAACAAAGUCUCUGGGAAAUUUAAACGGGGGGCACAGUUUCUAACAGAACUUGCACCUCUGUGUAAGAUUUACUGCACGGAUGGAGAAGAAUAUACUAUCUCUAGUUCUUUUUUCAAUAGCUGUGUCAGAGGACGGUUGAUGGAAGUGAACGAAAAUAUUCUCCAUAAUCCUUCUAUUCUUCAAGAGAAGCCAUCCACCGAAGGUUACAUUGCAGUUGUGUUACCCAAAUUUGAAGAAAGUAAAAGCAUAACCGAAGGGUUACUAACACAAAAACAGUAUGAGGAGGUCGUGGUAAAACGCGUUAACGCUGUAACUGCUGCAUCCUGAGGACUGAGUUGGAAUGAAAAGCAGCGCAGUGUUCGAUGAGCGCACUGAAGCAGCCCCAGCACAUGGCGAGAAGCAUACUUCACAGCCAGCCUUCCGCCCGGAAACCUUGCUCCCGAAUUGGCCUCCAGCCCCCUGCAUCUGCCCUGCCAUGGACUCACUCUGCUCUUUUUCGCUUUUCUUUUUCUAAAAACUGUCAAGCAAAAGAUGUUUUUCUGAUUAAAAACAAACCAGCAAAACACUUCAAGGAAAAUUUGGAAAAGACACAAGUUUUAAGUGGCAAGUAAAAAUAAUUUACCCAUCAUUUUAUAACUCAUUAGUAAAUCUACAUUUUGACAUACUUCGGUUUGAAAGUUAUGGUAUGGUUUACUAGUUUUGCUCAAACUUCCAUCAGUUUGAAGGUGAAAGAAACAACAGCUGGCCUUUCUUACCCAUUCUGCUUUGGUGUGACACUACUAAAAAGUCUAGUCCCACCCCUUCUGCACCAGCUCUGCUCUAGGUUGCAGGGGAGAGGCAGCGUGUAGCGUGUACCCUCUCUAGUCCUUAUGCUGCUGGAUGGCCUUUCUCUCCGAAACAAAGUAGAACUGUAAUUUUGUGGUUCUUACAGGAGAGUCACCAUGAAAUGGCUUUGAAAUACACAAAGGGCUUGACUAAAAAACAAACAGACAAACAAACAAACAAAACAAAGGGCUUUCCUAACUUGUGGAGUAUUAUAAAGUAGUACAUACAUCAUAGUAACAGGGUAAGGAGCAAAGGAAAAGUUAUUGUAAUUCAAAGACACAGGCCUUUGAAUAGAACAAAAGCUUUCACAUCAUUUGAACUAAAAAACCUGAAUUUAUUAAAAUUAUGUGUUUAUGUACCCUGAUUUUUAAAUAAAAGACUUUAAAAAUUGAUAUUUUUCUUUAAGAGCUACAAUAUGUAUACAUUUAAAUACCUGUUUUUAAAUAAAUUGUUUAAUACAG